AUGGGGCGGCUGGUGCUGGCGCUGUGGGCGGCUCUGGUGUCCGCGGAGCUCGCCCGCGCCGAUGUCUGGCCAAGUCAGGGCCGCGGCGCGCGCUCUGCCCACAGCAGCGCCUUGGCGCGCACAACUCAGAACCUGAGCUGCUUCCAGUGCUUCAAGGUCAACAGCUGGAGCCUCUGUCAGCCCGCCGUGUGCCCCGCCACCGCUCAAGUCUGCGUCUCCAACGAGGUGUUCCUCCUCAAGAGGUCAAGGAUCAGAAUUCUGAUCAGCAAGAGGUGCGCUGCCCGCUGUCCAAACUCCAACAGUGAGUUCGAGUGGUCAUUCAGCCCUGAGCUGCGGGGCAGGAUUGUCAGGCGCUGCUGCUCAGGGCAGCUCUGCAACUCGGCGCCUGCCGUCUUGGAGAUACCCUGGGCCCUGUUCAGGUGGCUCCUGCUGCAAGUGGCCCUGGCCUGGGUGUCUUCUGGGCCCUGUUGUGAGGACUUGCCCCGCACCCCGUCCUGACUCCUCUUGUCCUGCGCCUCCAGCUGCCCUCUGGCCUCCCUCCCCAGACAGGAGAACACGCCCUCCUGGACCCUGCCACUCGCCCUGUCCAACGCCUUUUCUCAAGAAGCCAGUGCAUGCUGGCCAACUCCUCAUGGAGCAGGGCCAUUCCCUGUGAGGGAGGAAGGGCCUGGCGAGGUCAGAACGACUGGCCCACACCCGACUCUCAUGGCCCCACUGUGGGCCCCCGACCCGUGCUCUGGG